CUCCCGCUUCACGAACCCCCAGAAACAGUGUGACGUCACUAGAGUCCGGUUAACUGUCAUCUGCGCAGAGACGAAGGACAUGGAGCUAAAUAUUCCCCCGUUCAGCUCCACUCGCGGCGAAGCUUCUUAAACACCGAGCCAGGAUUAUUCCGGUAUGUGUAUGUAAAAACGUCACCGACUCACUCCGCUCCGACAUCUUGUUGCCAGCCCGAGGCUAGCUGCGAGGCUAGCUGACGCGUUAAGUUACUGGAACAGUUGAGAAAAGACUCCGCAUGGCGUUAAUCCUGUUCACCAGGUCCCGGGCUCCGUUGAUGAACACGUCCCGGUCCCUGAAGAGCGAGCUGAGGAAGAGCAAAGGGAAAGUUCAAGAUGGAGCCUGUUUCAACUGCACAGCGCUCAGACUCUCCAGUUCAAAACUCGAUGGACUCAGACUCGGCAGUCUGUCCCAGGUCCCUUCAUGUGGUCCCUCCCUCCCCCUGUCAGAUGGAUACGUGGGCCUCUCCCAGGGCCCGGACUCUCAGCGCCUCUACUGUGCUUUUGUGUCUGGGGCCUCCUCUUCAGCAUACUCUUCACUCACAGCGGGGGCCCAGUGGACGAUAGCGCGACCACAGGACAUCCCCGGUGUCAGGUGGAUACACACCUCCAGGAGGAGAUGGGACGACUCCAAGGUGGAGAAGUCUCUGCGCUCAUUAAAGGACAAGAAGAAGAAGCUGGAGGAAGGAGGGCCGGUGUACAGUCCCACGCUGGACGCAGAACCUGUGAGAAGGACGCUGCGACAGCGGGUCAUAGACGAGAUCAAGCACUACUACCACGGCUUCAGGCUGCUGUGGAUCGAUACCACCAUCGCUGGGCGGAUGCUGUGGAGGGUGCUGAACGGACACGCUCUGUCCCGCCGUGAGAGGAGACAGUUCCUCAGAACGUGUGCCGACGUCUUCAGACUUCUUCCCUUCCUGGUCUUCAUCAUCGUCCCCUUCAUGGAGUUCCUGCUUCCUGUGGCUCUCAAACUUUUCCCAAACAUGCUGCCGUCCACCUUUGAGACAAAGUCAAAGAAGGAGGAGCGGUUGAAGACGGAGCUGAGGGUCAAACUGGAGAUGGCCAAGUUCUUACAGGACACCAUCGAGGAGAUCGCUCUGAGGAACAAGGCGGCUCAGGGCAACGUGACGGAGGAGUUCUCCACCUUUUUCCAGAAGAUCCGGGACUCUGGUGAGCGUCCCAGUAACGAGCAGAUCAUCAAAUUCUCCAAACUGUUUGAGGAUGAACUGACUCUGGACAACCUGACCCGACCUCAGCUGGUGGCGCUCUGCCGUCUGCUGGAGCUCCAGUCCAUCGGGACCAACAACUUCCUGCGCUUCCAGCUCAUCAUGAAGCUCAGAGCCAUCCGUGCUGACGACAAGCUGAUAGCAGAGGAGGGCGUGGAGAGUCUGAAUGUGAACGAGGUGCAGGCGGCCUGUCGGGUCAGAGGCAUGAGAUCUCUGGGAGUCACAGAGGACCGACUGAGGGAGCAGCUCGCACAGUGGCUGGAGCUUCAUCUGAACCAGCAGAUCCCCACGUCCCUGCUGCUGCUGUCCCGAGCCAUGUACCUCCCCGACACGCUGUCCCCCGCCGACCAGCUGAAGACGACGCUGCAGACACUGCCUGAGAUCAUGGCGAAGGAGGCCCAGCUGAUGGUGGCAGAGAUGGAGCUCUCUAAGGUCGACAACAAGGCCAAGCUGGAGACCACGCUGCAGGAGGAGGCCGCCAUACGCCAGGACAACAAGGACAGGGAGAUGGAGAGGCUGGCGGACGCUGCGGAGAAGGUGGCCAGGGAGGGAGAGCUGGAGCCCAAAGCAGAGCCGGUUGUAUCUGACAUGGCUGCUCAUUCAGAGACUCUGAGGGACACGGCUCCUGUCAUAGAGGGGAUCAAGUUUGAACAGUGGCAGAAACUCCUGCGUCUUCAGGGAGAGGAGAUCACCAAAGAGGAGAUCGACCUGCUGAGUGAUGCGUGCUCGAAGCUGAAGGAGCAGAAGAAGCUGUUGACUCUGGAGAAGGAAGAGCUGGAAGAGCUGAAGGACGACGUCCAGGAGUACAACGAGGACCUGGAGGAGAUAAAGAAGGAGCUCUCUAAGACGGGACAGGAAAAGGCUCUGGAGGAGUCCAAGGCCAGCCAGCGUCUGUCCAAGAGAGUAAACCGUAUGAUCGGUCGCAUUGACAAGAUCAUCCUGGAGCUGGAGAAGGACAAGGUCAUCCUGGACGGACAGAUGGACAGCGGCACCACCCCGCCUGUCGGAUUAUUUUUUACUAAAGUCAGCGAUGCGUCGAGUCUGUUCUACACCUUCAGGGAGAACCUGAUCAGCAUCGACGAGCUCAUCGGCGUCAUGCGGCAGAUCCAGAACAUUCCAGAGCACAAACUGCAGAGCAUCGCCGACGCGCUCGACGACAACAAGGACGGGAAGAUCGACAUCGACGACGUCAUCAAGGUGGUGGAGCUGAUCGACAAGGAGGACAUCGACAUCUCCACGUCUCAGGUGGCCGACAUCAUGGUGAUGCUGCAGAAGGAGGAGAAGCUGAUCGAGAAGGAGAAGGCCAAAGAGAAGGCGGAGAAGGAGCAGGCGGCCACACGCAACAGCUAACUCAUCUCCCACAGAGACACACACACAGAGCACUUGUAAAAACAAAGACCAGUGAGAAGAUGGUGACUGGUUCCCAGUUACACCAGAAGGUUCUGGACGACUGGAGGUAACAGCUGUUCUCUCACAACGUCACGUCACCACAAAGAGAAAAGAUUAUUUAGAAACUAAAAACAGACACAUCGUCUUUAAAACGCACAAAUCUAAAAGAAAAUUAUUAUGUUCAGCUCGUCUGGACGGAUCAUGUGUUAUUAUCAUCAUGUGUUAUUAUUAUCAUGUGUUAUUAUCAUCAUGUGUAAUUUGACUCAUUAAUUUAUUAGUGGAGGAAACACGGUGACGUGAAAACAGGUCGUUCUCCAAACUAGAGAUCUGAAAACAGCUGAGGAGGCUCAGAGUUUAAAGAGUUUAACGUUUGAGGUGAACCAUCUUGCCUUUCAUUACAUCAUCUCAUAGAAAUGACACAUCAUCUCUGGACAUUGCACAGUCAUCAUCAUCAUCAUCAUCAUCAUCAUCUCACUCAGUUUGAUGUCAUCAUGUUCUCAUGUUGUAAAGUUAAAUGUUGUGAACAGUGAGAGGACACAGGGUAGAUCAGGAGGAGACUGUGGUGAUUGCAACCAAAAAUAUCAUCAUCACAUGUAACACAUGAACAUGUAACAUAAUAUGUUACAUGUUCAUGUGUUACAUGUUAUGAACAUGUAACACAUGAACAUGUGACAUAUGAAUUCAUCUAGAGACACAACGUCACGUGUUUAAAGAAACAUGAUAAAUAAGAUGUGAUAGUUUAAUGUUGAUCAUUCCCACUCAGACAGGAGUAAAUUCAUGCUGUAGACUGAAGUUAGUUUUAAUAUUAAAUAUGACCGUGAUGUCAUUUCCUCUCAUUUUGUACUGAUGACAUCAUCAUCUCGUCUGGUUGUAGCUCACUUCCUGUUGUGUAAGAAGCCAAAGUUGCACUGCGGCACAUUUAUUACCUGAUGAUUCCUGACGGCAGCAAACACACCAGAUGAACACCGACUGAUUCUGACGAGCAGCGACGAACACGGCCACAUCUCAGAGUCUGUUUACUUCCUGGUAGAAACCCUCGCAUCACGUGCAUGAAAUGAAACGGUGCUGAUCAGACGCUGCCUCAGUCGGUGCGUGUGUAGCCUCAUAAACAAAGAGCCAACUAUUGAAUCCUGUACCAGUUUGAGUGUGCGAUAUAUUUACAGUACAGUAUGUUCACGGCUUCACGUUGACGUCUUUUCUGACAGGAAACUGAAGCUCAAAGUCAUUUUACUGCAAAGAAGACGAGCUGCUGGUUUACAGCAGCAUCGAUCAGUUAGUGUGUGUGUGUGUGUGUGUGUGAGGGUGACCUGGAGGAAAGAGUCCAAACACAACACACACUCAGACUGAGACAGAUUCUCUAGGUGGCUAAAACACAUUCUGCUGUGGUGCUAAUGACGCUAACAAAAAAACACAGAACAUAAAAUACUCCCAGCAGCUGUGUGACAGGAAGUGACUGUUGAUUCACUCUGUACACACACACACGCAGCGGUGUGAUCACUGCGGUGAUGUCGACCUCCAUGGUGACCUUCCCCUGACAGAGAUAUUAUUGAUCGUGUAUUGAUUGAUGGCAGAGCUCUGACGCUCACUGAGGAUCAUUUACAUGAUGUCAGUCAGUUUGAGGCUGAAGAUGAUUCAGUCGUGUAGACGAAGUCGUUUGAGGCCUCAGUUUUAUUUGCACCGUAGUGAUGAAGGUGCGUCAGCUGUGAACACGGACGACGUGAUGAGGUCAGAUCAGAUUUGAGUCGACCUCUGACCUUUAUGUUCAUCUGGCUGCCUGUUUGAUUAGUUCAGCUGUGUUCUCACUGCGAGCAGCUCGACAUCAUGUCUCAGUCACAGCUGCAGCUCGUGAUUAAUUAAAUUAUGUCUGAUUCAUUUUGUUCAGUCGUGUUAAUAUAGAACAUUUAUAAACAUUGAAGUCAAGUGACCAGUGGCGGCCAUCUUUGGGUUUCAUUAACAAAUCAGAUCAAACACAGAGAACGUCAGUAAAUUGUCUCCCUUCAGAAGUUUCUCUUCAUAAAUGACAAACACAAGUCAUCGAUUAUUGAAUUUAGAUUUUCUGUCGGUCGACUCGUUGAUUCAUUUUUUAUUCUCAGCUCUAAUUUGAACCCAGAAGCUUCAGUCGCUCUGACUGUUCAUUUAUUGAAGCUGUUUCUCGUCAUUAACGUUAAAAUAAUCUGAUAAUUAAACUGAAUGAAUUAAUGAACAGAAACAGACUUUAUGUCUCAGCUGAUGUGACGUCAGCGGCGUUCCAUCCAACAACACAUGGAGGCUCCGACUGACUGUGAUCAGUUUCACAUUCAUCUUGUGUUUGCAGAUCAAACACACUGUUAAUAGGUAAUCAAUAGAAUCACAGAAACGUUUUCGUGGUCAGCUGACAGGAUUCGUGGUCGUCCACAUGUCAGGUGGCUCAGCUCCGCAGGAAGUGACGUGACGUCUGCUGAGCUGAGUGUCAGGUCGUAUGAAGCGACAGUAAAGAGCGGCUCCUCCUUCAGUGACGACGUGUUCACGGCUCGUCUGUCAGAGGACAGAGAAGUGGUCCUUGAGAUAACGCUGAGUGGACGGCGCUCCAUCUAAUCCUCUGUCGUACGUACGUGCUGAUGAUUUACAGCUCGCCGGACUCCCAUCAGGCAUUGCUGCCUGGGACCAGUCAGACUGAUGGCUGCUGGGUAAACACUGGGCCCGUACAUGGCCCACAGCCGCUCCUCUGGAGGGUUGUGUUUAGGUUCCAGACGGUCCGGCGGGACAUGGCACGCUCGCUGCCGCAUAAAUCAGCGGUCAGCGUAAACACGUCGCCCCAACGUUGUGACAGCUUCUCCGUGACACUCGGCAGGAGAGAGUUUGUGGAGUGCCGUGCACGUCAGCAGCACUGCCACUGUGUGUAGGCACCGAGGGGUCAAAGGUCAGAGGGGACGUAUGACAGUGACGUAGACCAGAGCGUGUGAGGCUGAUGGAGAUCAACACUCAGAGAAGCUCAGGAUAGUUUGAAACAUUAAAGAACAGAAUAAAUUUAAUUUUUACGUUUCAUAUGUUCAAACAAACAAGGAGCUGAGCAGAGUUCACUGUGUUGAAAGGAAGUCUGAGGAGGAGGAGGAGGAGGAGGAGGAGGAGACGGCAGUAGAAACAUUUUGACAGUCAGCUUUGAUUGGUCAGUUUUCUGUGUCCAGUCAGCACGACUGUGGUCAAUCAUGUGACUGUCCUCUGAUCAGUGAUGUCACUGUGUCACUGCACUGUGUGUGUGUGUGUGUGUGUGUGUGUGUGUGUGUGAGCAGCUUCAGCAGCAGCAGGGAGCACAAGUUAUGAUCUGUGAUACCAAACCGUCCUGAAAGAUUCCCGUAGAGUUUGAGGAAGUCGUGUAGAAGAAGAACAAAUAUUUAACUCCUCGUGCACCUUUUGUUUAUUUCUCCCUUCUGUCUGAGGCACAUCAUGUGCGACUGAUUUGUUUCAGGCGACUGUAACGUCUAGGAAAAGAAAAGAGUCGUCAGGCUGCUGCAGGAGAAACACUGCUGUAACUGGACUCUGCUUCUCCUGCUGAUAUCAGGCUGAUAGCUUGAACAUGUGGGAGGAGAUGAUAUGACAGGUGAUUAUUGGUCUUUUCAACACCAGACAAAGCUGCUCUUUGUUCGACAUGAAGAUAUGUGAGUGUAGCUGCAGACAGAGGAAAAAGGCAGCAGGAGAAUCAGGACCAGCAGAGUUUAUAGUCAGUCUGCAGCCCUGAAACAGCAGCAGCAGCAGCAGCUCAGACUCUCUGACACUGGAGGAACCUUUAAACCAAACAUCAGAGCAGCCUCCAUCUCUUCACAGGACACGUGUUGUUAAAGACGUUCACACAGAAAGUGAAGCUCAUUUUCAAUGUUUUUCCCUCCAGUUUCUUAAAUUCAUAAAAUCCAGGAUUCACACAAAGUUGUUAGAAACAGAAAGAUGUGAUGUGACGUUAAUAUUCAAACUGAAUGUGCUUCACGUCUGUGAGAUCAGCUCAGAGUCACUUUCAGCCUGCAGCUGUUUAAAGUCUCGUGUUGACACUCGCUGUCAGUUCACAGGACGUUAACAAGUCUUCAGUCAGUGGAGACAUAAAUCAGGACGAAUGUGUCCUCAGUCUGAAGGUGAGAGGACAUGAUGCAGUGUCAUUUAUGACCUGAUGCAAUCAUAUUAAAUAUAAAUGUAUAUAUUAGUGAUUGAACCUGACGAGACAGACCAGCUUCUGUUUGAGAUCAUUGUCAUGUUAUUUAUUUAUUUAUUUAAUCAGAUUUUCCAAAGUUGUUUUUUUUUUUCUCCAUCUGAACGUGGAGACGUCAUUUCUUCUUCACGAAGUGACUGGAUUUGAUUUGAUUUAACUUGAAUGUAUGAAAAACAUCAGAAACCUCAUUUAUUGAAUCAAUAAAUCAUGACGUUGAAUUUCA